AUGGCGCGGCAGGGCUCGGGGGCCAUGCUGGCCUCCGGUGGCCUGGGCUUUCCCCCCCAAAACAUGGCCCGCGUGGUGGUGUGGGAGUGGCUGAAUGAGCAUGGGCGCUGGCGGCCCUCCUCAGCCGCCGUCUGCCACCACAUCGAGAAUGUGCUGAAGGAGGACGCCCGUGGCAGCGUGGUGCUGGGCCAGGUCGACGUCCAGCUGGCGCCCUACGUCAUCGACCUCCAGUCCAUGCACCAGUUCCGGCAGGACACGGGGACCAUGCGCCCCGUCCGAAGGAACUUCUACGACCCAUCCUCGGCCCCAGGGAAGGGCAUCGUGUGGGAAUGGGAGAACGACAACAGCUCCUGGACCCCCUAUGACAUGGACAUCUGCAUCACCAUCCAGAACGCCUACGAGAAGCAGCACCCCUGGCUGGACCUCUCCUCCCUGGGCUUCUGCUACCUCAUCUACUUCAGCAGCAUGUCCCAAAUGAACCGGCAAACCCAACGCAAGCGCCGGCUCCGGCGUCGCAUGGACCUGGCGUAUCCCCUCACCAUGGGUUCCAUUCCCAAGUCGCAGUCGUGGCCGGUGGGCGCCAGCACGGGGACACCCUGCUCCUGCCCACAGUGCCUGCUGGUCAACAGCCCCCGCGCCGCCUCCAACGCCAUCCUGGCUUCCCAACGCCGCAAGCUCUACCCGGGUGCUGUCCGCCAGAGCAGCACCUUCGCUGGGGCGGCCCUGUGGCCAGCGGGGACAGGGACAGGGACGGCGGCAGUGGCGGGUGGCACGACCAAGGGCGAGGGGCUGCGGGGGACUGGAGGGGCGUUUGCCCCUAGCAGGGCGGCGGGACGCGGUGUCCCGCGGCCCCCGGGGCUCGCGGGCUGGGACUUUGCCCUGUCCUGGUCCCCAUCACUGUCCCCGUCCCCCUACCAGCACGCAGGCCCCAUCCCACACAUCCCCAUGGACAGGGUGCCAGCCCUCCCAGUCAAGAACCUGAACGGCACUGGCCCUGUCCAUCCCGCCCUUGCAGGGAUGACGGGCAUCCUCAUGUGCGCCGCUGGGCUGCCCGUCUGCCUGACCCGCGCCCCCAAGCCCAUCCUGCACCCGCCACCUGUCAGCAAGAGUGACAUCAAACCCGUGCCCGGGGUCAAUGGCAUCUGCAGGAAAACCAAGAAGAAGCAUCUCAAAAAGAGCAAGACCCCCGAGGACGUGGUGCGCCGCUACAUCCAGAAGGUGAAGAACCCCCCGGAUGAGGAUUGCACCAUCUGCAUGGAGCGGCUGGUCACCUCCUCUGGCUACGAGGGCGUCCUCAGCCACAGGGGCAUCAAGCCAGAGCUGGUGGGCAAGCUGGGCAAGUGUGGGCAUAUGUACCACCUCCUCUGCCUCCUGGCCAUGUACAACAACGGCAACAAGGACGGCAGCCUGCAGUGCCCCACCUGUAAGGCCAUUUACGGGGAGAAGACGGGCACGCAGCCACCCGGGAAGAUGGAGUUUCACCUCAUCCCCCACUCCCUCCCGGGUUACACCGACUCCAAAACCAUCCGGAUCGUCUACGACAUCCCCACCGGCAUCCAGGGCCCGGAGCACCCCAAUCCCGGCAAGAAGUUUACGGCACGUGGCUUCCCGCGGCACUGCUACCUGCCCGACAACGAGAAGGGCAGGAAGGUGCUGAAGCUGCUGAUCGUGGCCUGGGACCGGCGGCUCAUCUUCACCAUUGGCACCUCCAACACCACGGGGGAGUCGGACACAGUGGUGUGGAACGAGAUCCACCACAAGACCGAGUUCGGCUCCAACCUGACGGGCCACGGCUACCCUGACCCCAACUACCUGGACAACGUCCUGGCCGAGCUGCUGGCCCAGGGUGUCUCCGAGGCCACCCUGAAGGACUGA